AUGGCUCACGCCACGCACACGCGGUCAACCAUGCGUCGCUUCUCUCGUCGACUGCCCCAAGUUGUCGUCUUUUUCCUCUUAGUCUCGCCGGUCCCAACCACUGCGCCGAACGAAUCCAGCAUCACUCCAGGAGGCGAUGAUGUCCCCCCCGAUGCGAGCAACGUCCCCCCCGACGCCAGCGACGUCCCCCCCGACGCCAGCGACGUCCCCCCCGACGCCAGCGACGUCCCCCCCGAUGCCAGCGACGUUCCCCCCGAUGCCAGCGACGUUCCCCCCGAUGCCAGCGACGUUCCUCCCGAUGCGAGCGCGGGCGCCGCCGGCGACGAGGACGGGUACAUGGAGGCGACACCGGCGGUGAAGCAGCUGGUGGCGCGGCUGGAGCGCGUGGCGGGGUCCAUGAAGAACCCCUGGGAGGUCCUCAUGCACCUCGACCAGCUCUUCGCCGCUGACGCCAGCGCAACCCUGAGCGGCGCCACUUCCUCUGGCGCCGUGGGAGCAGCGAGCUCUAAGGUGUCGCCCCUGGCCACUGGGUGCGCCGCGACCAAAGCGCAGAUGCUCAAGGAGGUGUCGCGGCUGGCGUGGAGGCUGCACUUCCGGCCCAUCAAGUACACCAUCAUGGGGCGCUUCUUCAGGAACAUCGCCACCACCGCCAGUGAGCCUCUCGUGUACCUGGUGCUGGCGCCGCUCUACAACACCAUCAACGCCACGUACCACUUCGAUCGCCUGCGACGCAUGCCGCAUGGCGCCACCAUGCCCACGCUCAUCCCCGGGUACCCCAUCGCCAAGUACUUCACGCCCGUCACUCCCCUUGCACUCAUCACCUUGGGCGGCUCCAUCGUCGCCGUCGGCACACCCAGCGCCAAGACGGUACUCGCACGACUUGGGUGGGCGCAGAUCAAGGACCGUGAUAUUCACUGUGGGAAGUACCUGGCGGCUCACGGCGUGAGCACCCUGGUCAUUCCACGCAUCAAGUUCCCCAAGUGA